AUGCACCUACAGGCUUACUUACAAGACACGGUUUGUCCCGACAAACCAAUUUUAGAUUUAACGCCAAAACCAUCUUUGGAUAAGAGGCGCAAUUGUCAGGGGCAGGUUACUCCGUUCUUCCCCUCGAUUGACUCCCCGUCGUUUCGACGCGAAGGGACACUGCCGAAGCCGGACAGCGUAUCCCAAGUGGUUGAUUUAAAAGGAUUUAUCUAUAUCUAUCAUUAUUCUUCUUUCUAUCUAGCUGUUCAUAUAUAUCAACGUCUUUCUUUCUUUCUUUUUUUUUCUUUCUUUCUUUCUUUCUAUCUCAUUCUUCGUUAUAUCUAUCUAUUAAUCUAUCCCAGUCUUUUUUCUGUCAGUUCGUAUUUAUUAAAUCCUCUCCCUAUCUAUCUAUCUAUCUAUCUAUCUAUCUAUCUAUCUAUCUAUCUAUCUAUCUCAGUCUGUUCAUUGUCUAUCUAUCUAUCUAUUUAUCUAUCUAUCUAUCUGUCUGUCUUGUCUUAUCUAUCACAGUCUGUUCAUAUCUAUCUAUCUAUCUAUCUAUCUAUCUAUCUAUCUAUCUAUCGUUUAUCUUUCACAGUCUAUUCAUCUAUUAUCUAUCUCAGUCUAUCUAUCUAUCUAUCUAUCUAUCUAUAG